AUGUUUAUUUUUGUUUACCUUUUAGUUUCACAGUUUUUUAGUAUAAAAUCAAUUGAUGUUGCAACCACAAUACCUAAUUAUGUACAAAAUAUUAUCUCUAAAACGAAUAUAACUGAUAUUAAGAACAUUAUAAACGGGAGCAGAAGAAUUUUAAAUGGAGACGAAGUGAGAAAUAAUAGACCUUAUAUGGUGUAUCUAAAAUUACCAUCAAACAAUCCGAGAUACAAAGACUUCCGUCGAUGGGUCUGUGGUGGUGUCAUAAUACAUGAGGAGUAUAUCCUGACGUCAGCGGCUUGUAUAGAGGACGCUAAACACUUUUAUGUAGUUUCAGGCACCUAUAGAUACAGUGAAGAAGAUGAUAGGAUUAGUAAUCCAUGUAUCAAAAACGGAGCUAAAAAAGCAGUUUGGAAGUGUGUACCUCGAAACUACGUUUUCGACGGCCACGAGAACGACAACAUACGUUGGAUGAACAACGACAUAGCGAUAGUUAAAGUAGAAGAUGACUUUGAUUUCAACCGUCGUAUACGAGGUUGUGACUUCAUUCCCAAACCCAUUUGUUAUAAUAACCAGAGCAGUAGGUUGGAGGAUCCUGGUACUAUUGCUUCUAUAGCUGGCUGGGGGAGUACUAAGAAGUAUAAUGAUUGGGUAAAUCAACGCAGUAAAUCAAUAUCCCAAGAUCUGUUACAAACAGAUGUUAUAAUAGUCCCCAAGUCGAGAUGCAAGCAGCGCUGGGGGCCGAGAUACCACAAUAUUAUUGAUAAUUAUAUGAUCUGCACUAAAGAUAAUAUUCCUGAAUUGAGCGAACCUUGUCUGGAAAAAUACGCUGACUGUACGGAUAUAAUGUACUCCGGUGAGUUAGGUUCAGGGGAGAGAAGGUCCAAUACAAAUGACUCGAUAAUUCACUCAGCAUUCCAUGGUCCUGAUUGGCGGAGACGAUUGGCUGGAAGUGGGGGGUUUUGUGAGAAUGAUCAUGGUGGUCCCUUAGUACAUGGUAGCGGUCCAAACGCCGUGGUAAUUGGAGUUAUUUCAGCUUGCCUUGUAAAAGAAAGAACCAAUCGAUGUCAUGGACCAUUUUUAUAUACCAGUGCAUUUAAGAACAGAGUCCUCAUCAACUGCGCUAUUUAUAAGGAUACUAAAGGUGACUGUUCUAAACUAUUUAGGACAAGUGAAACUCAUAUAGAGGAAGAAAUAAGUUGGGCCGAUCAUCCAGAUGGUCCCGCCAAGAACGAAGUUGCUAAAUCGAGACGUAAUAAAGAAGAUAUACAAGCAAAUGGUACAUAUACAACAGUAGGAACACAAACAAAUUAUAAUAAAUUAGAAACUGUUACUCCAUAUGAUAAAGUAAUGCAACAUGGUGGAGUUGUGCUGAGAGCUUCAGAUCGUGUAUUUAAUGAAACGAAUUUAAAACAAUAAACAUUAAAAUUUAUAUCAGUUUUAUUAUUUAUCCCAUUAUAU